CCUGAUGUGUAAAAGUCUGCCGUGAGUCAUGAGCGUCUAUAAAGAACACACCCUGCUCUGUUCGGGGUCAUAACGGAGCUGCUGCUCGCCGCUUCUCUGCUCGCCGCUUCUCUGCUCGCCGCUUCUCUGAAGGACGAUCGUCAUGGCGAUGGUAUCAGAGUUCCUGGGUCAGCUGACGCUGGCGUACGGAGGGGAACCUGAGCCCAAAUAUCCCACCGUGGUGCCGGUAAGGGACUUCGACCCGACUCAGGACGCUACCAGAAUCGAGGGAGCCAUUAAAACUAAAGGAGUGGAUGAACAAACCAUCAUCGACAUCCUGACCAGGAGAAGCUGCCAGCAGCGCCGGGAGAUCGCCUUUGAGUACGAGCGGAUCGCCAAAAAGGAUCUGAGCUCCGCCCUGAAGGGGGCACUCUCUGGCUCCCUGGAGGCUCUGAUGUUGGGUCUGAUGAAGAGCACCGCCCAGUACGACGCCUCUGAGCUCAGAGCCUCAAUGAAGGGACUGGGAACUGAUGAGGAAGCUCUGAUCGAGAUCGUCUGCUCCAGGAGUCCAGAGGAACUGAUGGAGAUCAAGAGGGAGUACAGAGAGAUGUUUAAGAAGGAGAUGGAGAAAGACAUCGCAGGAGACACUUCAGGGAACUUCGCCAAACUGCUGCUGGCGCUGGUUCAGACCAGAAGAGACAAUCCGUCCAACGUUGUGGAUUAUCAGAAGAUUGAUGACGACGCCAGAUCUCUGUACGAAGCCGGCGUGAAGAGGAAAGGAACGGAUGUGACCACCUGGAUCUCCAUCAUGUCACAGCGGAGCGUCCCACAUCUGCAGAAAGUGUUUGAGAGAUACAAGAGCUACAGUCCCUACGACAUCAAGGAGAGCAUCAAGAAGGAGGUGAAGGGAGAUCUGGAGAAGUCCUUCCUCACUCUGGUGGAAUGCUUUGAGAACCGGCAGCUUUACUUUGCCAACAGACUCAACGACGCCAUGAAGAGUAAAGGAGCCAAGGAGAAGGUGGUGACCAGGAUCAUGGCGUCCCGCUGUGAGGUGGACCUGAUGAAGAUCAGAACAGAGUUCAAGCGCCACCAUAGGAGGUCGCUGUACCAGACCAUAGCGGAACACACUAAAGGAGACUACCAGAAGGCUCUGCUCAGCCUGUGUGGAGGAGACGACUGAGGCUUCAGACUCCGUUUCCCAGCAUUCACUGGGAUCGCUCCACCGUCUCAGUUUAAUAAGAGGGUGUAGUGUGGGAUCAUGGGCACCAGGGGGCAGCAGAGUCCGCCUCUGUCUGCAGAGCAGCAGGUAAACUCCAAAGACUUCAGAUGGUUUCCUGCAGAAGAAACAUGAACGCUUCAAAUCUGUCAAACUACGGAACAAACUCGUGUUCUGUGACGAAAAUAAAAGUCCUAAAAUGAAA